AAUAAUAGUUAAAUAUCUUUUGCUAUAUAACCUUCAAGUGUCGAGAAUGUAUGUACAAGCUAUAUAUUCUUGACACUGACUGAUGUAAAAUUAUCAUGCUUGGUCAAUCACAAUAAGUGUGCGCAUUUAGUUCACACAUUUAUGAAUACAAUAAUGGGAUUUUUUUCAUAGAGACAGUGUGGGUAAGAAUAAUAAAUACAUCUCGCAGAGUGUAUCGUACCACAGAACGCGCAUCGCCUCUGUUCUAAAAGUUCACGUUCUCCGUGAUAAUCCACAAAUAAUAGUGAAACAUUUUAUACAACUAUUUUAUAUCGAUUAUAAAAUUUCUAAAAUUUUAAUUAACAAUGUUUCUGCACGGUGUCUUUAUAUUUCUGGCCAUUCCAUCCUGGCUUGGAGAGAGCUGCGAGAUGGCUGCGAGAGAAUCGAUUACAACAACAACGUGGGGAUCAGUGAACGGUCAGGAAGUAAAAAAAUUCACACUAAAGAACAAAGCUGGUCAAGAGAUCGAUGUUGUGACAUAUGGUGCGACUGUGACCGCCGUCAGGACGCCGGAUAAAAAGGGUAACACAGUUGACGUCGUGCUUGGUUUUGAUAAUGUUGAAGGAUAUCAGUCGUCGAGCAAUCCAUACUUUGGUGCCACUAUUGGACGAGUUGCGAAUCGUAUCGGCAAGGCGAGUUUCAUCGUGGACGGUCAACGUUACAAUGUAUCGAAGAAUAUAGGCGAAAACAGCCUUCACGGUGGUGUUCACGGUUGGAAUUCAAAGGUAUGGAAUGCCACAGUCGAGGGUGACCGCGUCGUAAUGACCUUGGUCAGCGAGGAUGGCGACGAAGGCUACCCGGGAACGGUAACGACAACAGCAACCUUUCAAUUGAGCGAUGACGGAGAAUUGCGUAUAGAGAUGCAAGCUAGAUCUACAAAGGCGACGCCGAUUAACUUGACAAAUCACAGCUACUUCAACCUCGCUGGACAGGCUACAAAUGCGGCGGAACUGUAUAAACACGUGGUUACGCUAAACGCGGAUCGCUGGACCGUCACGGACAAUGAGAGUAUUCCUACUGGCGAGAUACGAUCGGUCGCGAACAGCGUAAUGGACCUUAGGAAACCGACCACGCUCGGUGAUGUCAUCGACAAAGUGCCAGGCGGCGGUUACGAUUACAAUUUCUGCUUGCCAGAGCCGUAUGACCAUAGAAAAGUUAAUUUUGUCGCCAAAGUGCUACAUCCGGCCUCGGGACGCUGUUUAGAAGUGCACUCAAAUCAACCAGGUGUUCAGUUCUACACAGCUAAUUCUCUCUCAGAUGUCAUUGGGAAAAAUGGAACAGAAUACUUGAAACACGCUGCUUUCUGCUUAGAAACUCAAAAUUAUCCCGAUGCUAUAAAUCAUAAAAACUUCCCCAACAGUGUACUACGACCAGGCGAUAUAUACAAUCACAUUGUUAUAUACAAAUUUGGAGUGGAAAUUUGAUGCAUAUCCAACUAUUACCGCAAACUGGAAAGUCAGAUAAAUAUUAAAUAU